AUGUCGCCACCAAUCCAGCUUUUCUUGACGACCAUUGCUUCCCAGCCAGCACUACGGCAGCGCCAAGAAUACCUCCUACGCGUUCUACAAGUCAAGAAAAUACCAUUCACUUCCUAUGAUCUCGCCUCUGAUGAAAGUGCGAAAAGACUGUGGAGGAGGAAGGCUCCACCAGACAAACAGCAAUUGCCUGGAAUCCUUGUCGGCGGUCGCUUUCCAGGUGUUUUUGCCGAGUUCGAAGAUGCUGUUGAGUACGACGAACUCGAUACAUUCCUUCGACUCAAGGAACCCUGGGAUCCAGACGUGGAUGAAGAUGUACCAGCACCUCCGGUCCGGCCGGUCGGUGUACCAGGCGCCAUGAUGCCCCUCCAAAUGACCCCCGAACGCCUGAAAUCUAAAAUCCUCGCCAAACCUGCGUCUUCGCCCCUUGCGAGGCCACAGAUCCCAGUCAACAAGCGCGAAGGCGAGUUUGACAUUAGCACCGAAAUCUCUGGUUAUGGUCUGCAGGGCGUGAGAGUGACUGAGGACGAGUUACGGGACUUGGUAGCUGAGUUAGGGUUGGAUGGGGAUGAUGCCGGUGAUCUGGUAAAAGGGUUGAGCGGUGGCCGAUCGGAAAAGGUGGAGGAGAACGAGACAUCCACGUCUGACGUCAGCACCGGAACGGAAUGUACAGAGAAGGAGCCAGAGGUAAAAGCAGAUAAAUCGUCAGAAGCGAAGGUGGCCAAGGCAUUGGAAGUUGACAAGCAAGACAAAGAAGCAUAAAUUUGUGCUGUAGAAGAAGACAUUAUACCCUUAAUACUUGGUAGUUGUAUAGACUAGGAAAUGCUGGAUAAAUAAAAUGUAACUAUAUGUCUAUUACAGCUU